AUGAGGAACCCUGGACACUUUGCCGUCCUUUGCCUCCUAUUGGUGACCAUAGACCUGCUCCAGUAUUGUGCAGGCUCACACUGGCUGAAGACUUUCAAGACUGUAAUUAUGGAGCCUGGCAUAUUGGAGGGCCGGUUCAUCCAGGUCAGCUAUGUAGACUCCAUACAGUUUCAGGGAUUCGACAGCAAAUCAGAGACUGCAGGGAUGCAACCUCGGGCUGCUUGGAUGAAGCAGGAGCCACCUGAAUAUUGGAAGAAUGAGACAGACCAAGCACUGAGCUCUUCACUGACAGGAAGACGAACUCUUAUAUACAUGGUGACUGAAAAUAAUAACAAGAAGAAUGACUAUCACACCCUGCAGGAAGUGUUUGGCUGCAAUGUGGCACAUGAUGGGAGCUUCCUUGGUGGUCACUACGGGCUCACCUACUAUGGCUAUGAUUACAUCAUCCUGAAUGAGGACCUGAACUCUUGGACUACAGAGGGAAAAGUAGGUGGAAAAUUUACUCCAGACCAGAAGCAAGGAAGUGUGACAGAUAUUUGGAGGACUUACCUGCAAGGGAAGUGCAUAGAAAGGCUUCUUAGAUGCCUGGACCUUGGAAAGGAAACCUUGCUGCGCUCCGAUGCCCCCAGAACACAUGUGACCCACAAAGUAACACCUGAAGGGAAUGUCACCCUGAGGUGCUGGGCCCUGGGUUUCUACCCAUCUGACAUC